CAAUAACUAAAAUUUUAAAAAAAUACCAAUAAAAAAAUUUUUUAAGCCGGCGUGGCUGUGGAAGACAUUUUUUAGUUAUAGUGUAAGCAGUGUACGUAAGAGCGUUCUAGAAUUGAACCUGUAAUCUUAUCACCAUGAGUUCAAAAAAAAAAAGAGUAAAUUAUGAUAAUGAACAAUUGAAGCAAGCGUUGGCAGAAGUAAAAGCUGGUAAGCCUGUAAAAACAACUGCUUUAAAGUUUAAUAUUCCAAGAACAACUUUAAUAUACAAAAGCCGUGGACAAUUAUCGUCACAAAUUGAUAAACCUGGACCGGAAUGUGUAUUAGGGCAAGACAAUGAAAAACAUCUUGUCGAUUGGAUCUUUUAUAUGAAAAACCAUGGAUUCCCUAUUACUAAAGUACAGCUAUUAAAUAGUGUACGAAUGUUGUUGAAUACGAUGAAGAAAAAAACUGUUUUUCCAAAUAAUAUGCCUGGUCGUCACUGGUACAAUGCUUUUCGUCGUCGUCAUCCAGAAAUAGAAGACAAAAUAGCUAAAAAUUUUACUAACAGCCGAGCUGCAGUGUCAGCAGAAAAAAUCAGAGCCUGGUUUAAAGAAGUCCAGGAUCAUCUUGAGCCAUUGGAUCUUUUGAACAUCGAUGGAACACGAAAGUUCAACCUUAAUGAAUCAGCCUUCAAGCUCAAUCCAAAGUGCAAUUCAGUUCUCGCGUCAAAAGACGAUAAGAUUGUUGAUAAUAUCGCUGAUAAUGAUGAGAAAGAGUGCGUAAAAACUCUGAUUUGUGGAAAUGCAGCUGGAGAAAUGCCCCCACCAAUGGUAUUAUUUCCUUAUAAACGAGUUCCACGAAACAUUGCAACCAGUAUGCCAGAGGAUUGGGCAAUCGGAUGCUCUGACAGUGGAUCGAUGACUGCAGAAACAUUCUAUGAAUACAUAACCAACGUGUUUCAUCCUUGGUUAUUAAAGAAUAACGUGGAGCUUCCAGUGAUUUUAUAUCUAGAUGGACAUACUUCUUAUUUGUCGUAUCCGUUGACAAAGUUCUGCAGAGAGAAGAGCAUUGAAUUGAUUGCUUUGUAUCCCAAUGCUACUCACGUCCUUCAACCGAUGGACGUCGCGAUCUUUCGUCCUCUGAAAGCUGCUUGGAGCACAGAAGUACGGAAUUGGAGGAUGGAAAAUAACGGUGAAGCUAUCAAACGUCAAAACUUUGCACCACUUCUAGAAAAGUCUCUGGCGACGUUGGAUGUCAAAGAAAUUUUACAAAACGAGUUCAAGUCGACGGGUCUACAUCCUUUCUCUCCUGACGCUAUUGACUAUAAAAAAUUUUUUGAAUCAUCUGAGCCUGAAAGUACUGCAGAAAUUGUACCUGCGAUAAUUUAUGAUGAAACAAUUGAACAUUUAAGAUUUAUUGAAAGUCACAUUGAGAAUGAGCUUCUAGAACAGUUCAAAGCUCAAGAAAAAUCAGAUCAAUGGAAUGGGAGUUUAGAAGACACUAGUUUGUUUUUGUUUUGGCAAAAGAUCAAACAAAUGACAUCUUGUAAUAAUUUAACAAAAAACACGGUCCCGUUGGACAGUAGCGAUGUAUCUGAAAAUAUACAAGCAAUGGAAACAGAUUGUUGAUAAGAAUCACAGCCAACCCAAGUAGUUAUUGUUUACACCGUAAAUGAUAAUGGAGUUUUGACACCUGCAGAUCACUAAUUUAUGGAAAUCUCUUCAAGGGAUCAAAUUGAAAAGACAGUAAGCCCGCAAGUUUCAUCUGGAAAUGUAAAUAAAUCUUCACCUCCAAGUGCUAAACUAACACCUCCGAAUGUACCGGCUCUAUUCAAAAAUACUUUUUGUUGUCCCUCGAAAAAUAAAGACUUUAAAAAAUGAAAAGAUAAGGAAAAAGUUCCCACCCCUGAUUAAACAACUGAAUUCGAUCGAAUUAAACAGAAUUAAAUUUUUAAUUCUAUUUAAUUCAUAUAAAUUCUGUUAAUUCGGUACCUAACUUAAAUAUGAAUUCUGUCUAAUUCGGCAGGAAAACCAGAAUUUGUCCAAAUUAAAACGAACUUAAAUCAUUCUAUUCGGUUUAAUUCUGAUUAAUUCGAAAAUAAUUCUCCAAUUUCUGGUUCAGAAUCCGAAUUAAACUGAAUUAAAACGAAUUUGAAAUUUUUAAAUCGGUUUUAUUCUGUUUAAUUGAAAUUCAAAUUUUCAAUUCAGUUGAAUUCUGUUUUGCAGAAUUCGACAGAAUAUAACAGAAUUAAAAUUUUUAAUUCGGUCGAAUUCAGUUGUUAAAUCAGGGACUGCCUAUACCUUUAAAGGGUGGCUGGAAUAUUAUAAGAAUAAAGAAGCAAAGGGACAGAAACUGGUAAAUGAGAAAGAAUCGAAAAAAGCAAAAAGAUUGAAAAAUAACAUAAUUAAAGAAGCUGAAAAAAAUUAAAAAAAUAAACGAAGAAUAAAAAAGUAAGGAAAAAAAAGUCAACAAUCAUAAUUUUCAAUAUUAGUAAUAAUACGUUUGUUUACAUGAAUAUUUAUAUU